CAAAAGAGAGAAGAACUGACUGACUGACUUUGGUGGAAUACGAAAACGAACCCAAGUCAGAUCUCAUUCUCGCCAUACACCUUUAUAAUAAUAGUAUUGGAUAAUUUAACUAGAGAUCUUUGUUAUCUAAUAUCCUUGGGCUUCAACAUAGUUUAAUUUCGUUGCCAUAGUUUGGAUCUUAUAUUGAUUUAUAUUCAUCCAAUUCUUUUUUUAUUAUCGGCCGUAUAUAAAUUAAAUCACAUAUAAAUUUAUUGCCGUUUCAUAAUAGUCAGUCAUUUUUUAUUAUAUAUAAGUUUUAAGGAGAGGAUUUCAAUAGUCAUAUCGAUAUCGAUAUUAUUUAUAUUGAUAUUGUUAAUUCAUUCAUAAUGUCAUCUGACGAAAAUAGUACCUCUUCAAAGAGGACAAGAGCUUCAGGUGAAGCAUUAGAUUUUUUACUUCAAGAAUUUGAACGUAAUCAAAAUCCUUCAAAUGAACAAAGACGUGAAAUAAGUGAAAAGACUGGAAUGACUGAAAAGGCUAUACGUAUUUGGUUUCAAAAUAGAAGAGCUAAAUUAAAGAAGUUUGAAAAAUUAAGUAAAAUUAAUACUAAUACAACAAAUACAACAAAUUCAUCAAUACAUUCAUCAAGAUCAAAUAGUUUUUCAAAUUUAGUUAGUCCAAAUCAUUAUAAUCAUCCUGGAAAUUCCAAUAAUAAUAAUGGAAUUAAUCCUCCAAGUAAUCUUAGUCAUCAACAACUUCAACAACAAUAUAUUCCUAUUGAAAUUAAUGAAAAAUAUUGUUUUAUAAAUUGUUCUUCACUUUCUGUUGGAUCAUGGCAAAGAAUUAAAUCUGGUUAUCAUCAAGAAAAUUUAUUAAGAAAUAGUCUUGUUAAUUUAUCACCUUUUACCCUUAAUUCUGUUAUGCAAAAUGUUGAUCUUUUAGUCAUAUUAUCAAAAAAGAAUUUUGAAAUUAAUUAUUUCUUUCUGGCUAUUUCAAAUAAUACAAAGAUUUUAUUUAGAAUCUUUUAUCCAAUAAAUUCUAUUCUUACAUGUUCAUUACUUGAUAAUAAUAUUAAUAAAGAAAAUAAUGAACUUAGAGUUAGUUUAAGUCAUCAACCUAAAUUUUCUGUUUAUUUUUAUAAUGGUAUAAAUAAUAAUGUUAAUUCAAAUUCAAAUGCAAAUCAAUGGUCAAUCUGUGAUGAUUUCAGUGAAGGCCAACAAGUUAGUCAAGCUCAUAUGAAUGAAGGUGGAACAUCUAUUCCUCAUGUUCUUGUUGGAGUUAAAAGUUCUUUACAAUAUUUAAAUGCUUUUAUUUUAGAAAAUAAUCAAAUGAUGCAUCAUCAACAACAACAAAAUCAACAACCUUUACUUGAUAAUCCAUUACUUUGGGAUGAUCCAAAUACAAUUUCUAGACCAGAUUUUAUAGCAUCUCAACACCUUUCUCAAGGUCAUAUUGCUCCAAAUAAUUCGCAUCCAAAUCAAGCAUUACCACCUCAUUUUCAUCAACAUCCUUCUCAACAACAAUUUUCACCAGUUGGUACAGGAUUUGAUCUUGAUAAUUCUCCAAAUUCAAUCACUAGUCAUUCUCAUGUUAAUGUGAAUUCUAAUAGUAAUUCUAAUUCGAAUAUUAAUAAUAAUAAUAGUAAUAAUAAUAUUGCUAAUAAUAAUGUUCAUCUGGUAACAUCUACUCCUCAUUCUAUUGGUUCAAAUAAUAAUAAUCGUUUAUAUCCUACUUCAAAUGUCCCUCAACAAUAUUCUCAACAUCAAUCUCAUCCAUCUCAACAUUCAACUUAUCAUGAUGGUCAUGGAGAUAAUUUUGAUAUUUUCCAAGCGGGAAAUACUCCUGAUUUUUUUAUUAAUAAUGAAAUAACCAAUACUCCUGGAUCAAAUAAUGGAGGUGGUAAUUCAAAUAUUAAUAAUAAUUCGAGUAAUCCAAUUAGUUAUUCAAAUAAUAAUAGUCCAUCAAUGAAUAAUAUAACUCAAACUGGUCCACCAUCAACUGUGCAUUCUUAUACCCAUAAUCAAUAUCCUCAUAAUGAUACAUUAUUAGAGACAUUAUCUAAUGGAUCUCUUAAUAACAAUACUACUAGUACUAGUACUAAUAAUAAUAAUGGUAAUAGUAAUGGUAAUACUUUUAUACAGCCACAAGUCCAUGCCCAACAUCUUCAUCAACCAUCAAGUCAUGAAUUUGACUUUAUAGGAUUACAUAAUGAUUUCAAUACUCCUUCAAGUUCUAAUAAUACCCCUGGUUUAGGGUUUGAUGGAGCCAAUGUUGGUGUUGCAAAUACUAGUACAUCAGGAGCCACUAAUACCGAUGGAAAUGAUGGUAAUGCUAGUAAUAAUAUUGAUCAUUUUAUUGAUUACGGUAGUCAAUUUUCAUGAGAUAACGUGAUUUGAUUUCAAGCAUAUAGACCCAGGUAAACAUUAAUUAAUUUCUUUCUUCAUGUUAUACUCCCUUUCCUUCAUUACUUCAUUCCUUCCUUCCUUCCUUCAUUCCUUAUACUUCUUCCAUAAUUUUGUCUUUACUACAUUUAUUUCUUUUGUCGUCCCGUUUUUCUUUCUUUCCUUCCUUCCUUCGUCUUUCUUUAUUUUUUAAUGUUAUUGUAUCUCUAAUUCCUUCAAUCUUUAUUUCACAUACAGUAUAUGUAUAUGUAAAUUCAUAUUGUAUUAAUAAAUAGUUAAGUUCGCAGUCUGAAAAAAAAUUUAGUUAACUAGUAA